AUGGGUGACAAGUUAACUGAAAAAGUGCAGACACUCCUUAAGGAAAACGAGGAACUCAGAAAACCUCGGCAGGAGCGGGAUGGCGGAGUGAAGUCAACCGAUAGUGAACAUGCAGGGUCUCAGAACAUGCAAGCUGGACCAAAUAAGGACAAGAAGCAGAAGAACAUACAAGACAAGCUCCGAAAUCUUAAAGGAAAAUAUGAGGAGAUAGCAAGAAAGUUGGGUACAUUGUCAACGAUGGACCAAUUGCACACAAGCACUGGCCUACCUUACAUGGAGGAAGUAAUGGCAGUGCCCAUACCACCAAAAUUCAAGGUCCUAGCCAUAGAGAUAUAUGACGGAGAAAGGGACCCUCUUAAGCACCUGGAAACUUUCAGGGCUCACAUGACGCUGCAUGGCUUCCCAGGCGAAGUAGCGUGCAGAGCAUUUCCACUAACCUUUAAGGGGCCGGCAUGCGUAUGGUUCAUAUCACUGGCACCUGGAUCGGUGGAUAGCUUUGGGGAGCUGACCAGAUUGUUCUUGACUCAGUUCAUGUCCAGUCGAAGGAGGUGGCGUCUGAUGACGUACCUCCUCACCAUCAAACAAGCAGAGGACGAAAGCCUAAAGUCCUACUUAUCUCGAUUCAACAAGGAGUGCAUAGCCAUCGUCGACCAAGAUGAGAAGAUAACCUUGGCGGCACUUCUAGGAGGAGUUUGGCCACGAUCCCAAUUUAUGGCUGAGCUGGCAAGAAGGAAUCCCAUGACAUUGCGAGAGUUCAUGGACCAUGCCGAACCCUUUAUCAACGUAGAAUACACUUUUCGAGCUUUGACAGAGCCAAGAAGAAAGGAGUUGGAGCAGGUGGAGAAAAGGACGAAGGUCACGAAUAAAGCAAAGCCCUACGAGAAACCGAAGAAGAGCUCCCAAGAAAAGAGGUGGGAGGAAGUCCCAACAAGGGGAUCAGGACCUCGGUACGAUUGA